CUCUUACAGACAGUGCGGCCCUGGGAGACGCCUCUACGUGGAGGAUUACAGUAACCCUGUUGUCAGUGAUGAGUCAGAGUGCGUGGUGCUGAUGCUGCUGCCAUUUCAUCACUUCUGUGAGCGCAGCAUCCAUCCCUCUGCUCUCCUUGCGCCUGGGCCUACCUUCGCCUCAGGCUCCCAGGCCAGCGAUGCGCUCCUGGCUGAUCUAGAUUAGGACCGAGCCUCGGCGGGGCGCCCCUCUCGCCGCCCACAGCCCAGGCCAAGGAGACCUGCCGAGCUCCGGCCAUGGAGGCCAUCUGGCUGUACCAGUUCCGGCUCAUUGUCAUCGGGGAUUCCACGGUGGGCAAGUCCUGUCUGAUCCGCCGCUUCACCGAAGGCCGCUUCGCCCAGGUUUCGGACCCCACGGUGGGGGUGGAUUUUUUCUCCCGUCUGGUGGAGAUCGAGCCAGGAAAACGCAUCAAGCUCCAGAUCUGGGAUACCGCGGGUCAAGAGAGGUUCAGAUCCAUCACUCGUGCCUACUACAGGAACUCAGUAGGUGGUCUUCUCUUAUUUGACAUUACCAACCGCAGGUCCUUCCAGAAUGUCCAUGAGUGGUUAGAAGAGACUAAAGUACACGUUCAGCCCUACCAAAUUGUAUUUGUUCUCGUGGGUCACAAGUGUGACCUGGAUACACAGAGGCAAGUGACUCGCCACGAGGCAGAGAAACUGGCUGCUGCAUAUGGCAUGAAGUACAUUGAGACGUCAGCCCGAGAUGCCAUUAAUGUGGAGAAAGCCUUCACAGACCUCACCAAAGACAUAUAUGAGCUGGUUAAAAGGGGGGAUAUUUCUAUCCAGGAGGGCUGGGAAGGGGUGAAGAGUGGAUUUGUACCAAAUGUGGUUCACUCUUCAGAAGAGGUUGUCAAAUCAGAGAGAAGAUGUUUGUGCUAGUUAGCCCUUUCAUUUUCAAAACAUGCUCUCCCACUUGAACUUAAAAAGUGAUCGUCGUGUGACUGUAGAGAACUGAACCUCCAUAUUGGAUACCAAGUGAGCCUCCUUCCCAAGGGGCCCUCUGACAGGCAGUGAGUGGGGGGAUGGGGGAGCCUGGGCGCUGUAACUGGGACUGACACGGGUGAGGCACUGAUUUGUGGCGUAUGCCGGGCAGUGGCUGCUCUGUGUGCCCUUUGUGGACCACAUGUCCAGGAGCUGAGGUUUGGGGAGCUAAGCCCCAGGAAAAUACACUCACAGACAGGACAACUCUUUCUUGAUAUUUCAGCUCUUUCAUAGGUCACGAUCAUAAAGAAAUAUGUAAAGAGGAGAAAAGUAUCAUGCUCGGAACAAUUAACAAAACUAACAAAGACUAUGAGAUCAGCUUCAUCCAUGAGAGUACCCUACAACAAAUGUAUGUGCUGGCUUUGGUUAAGAGGUACCUGUUAGCUUCUAAACAGCUCAUCUGGAAAAUGAGGGGCAUGGACCAGCUAUUUACUAAGACCCUUUCAAGGCUUGAUGUUCUAAUAAAAAUGGUGUGAAUGUGAAAAGGAAGGCUAUUUACACACUGUUAUUAUUACAUUAAAAAAUGUAUACCCUUGUAAUAGAAAUAACAAGCUGUGUGUAAGAAACUGUCCCAAGCAAAUUAUCAUGGGAGUAGAAGAAAGAAACACUGUAACCCAAACACCAUUCCCUCUUUUCCCUCUGACCGUGCCCGUGGGUUCACUGGCUCUUCAGGUGCAUUGGUGGCAACAAGGCAGGGAUUGUCUCCAGAAAGAGCCCUGAGGUUUUCUUCCCCAUUUUAUGAAAAAAUAAACUAAGAGUCAGGAGACUCAGUUGGCCAAGGUGAGGUCUCCUGACUCCUGGUUCUUGUUUCACCGCGUCAUCCUGCUGUCCGAUGAAUAAAUUGUUACUAACUUGUUUACUUUGGAAGAGAUAUGACUGUAAAUAAAUAUUCUCUACAUGUUAGGAUAUGUUUCCUCAUUGAUUACAACUCAGCUAUAAUCCUGAGGGAACCUGGGGUUGAAUCAAAGGUAAAACUCAUUCAGGUAUUAUUGUCACAAGGAUUUUACACAAGUGAAUAAUUGUACAACUGAAAAACACAUCGGAACUGUGUGGGCUCUAAGUGUUCUUAUCACUGGAACACAGUGGAUGUAUUAUUGAAAGGAACCAAAUACAGCAAUGGGGAGUGGGAUGGAGAUAAAAUACUCACCUCACAAUGACCUUGGCCACUUGUUUGCCAUAUACCUACACUGGGUUUCUGUCUACCCUAGAAAGUCAGCUCUUAAUUCUCAGGUGAACAGACAGCUAACUGCAUCAGAAAAUUGGAAUGCUUGGCUUGAGGUUCCAUUAUCUUCUUAAAGAGAGGUGAUGCUUUAAAUUAUUUUUUGAAUUGGAGCCAGUUCAGCUAACCAAAGCCAUAGUUUUCACAGUAAGAAAACAAUUCUGAUGAGAGUCAGGUUUCUCAUAUCCAUUGUGAAAGGAAAGCCUGAGAAUGGUAAAUUGCUUUGAGAUAUAUCUUUUUUAACAUUUUUUAUUGAGUUAUAGGCAUUUUACAAUGUUGUGUCAAAUUCCAGUGUAGAGCACAAUUUUUCAGUUAUACAUGAACAUACAUAUGUUCAUUGUUGCAUUCUUUUUCACUGUGAGCUACCACAAGAUUUUGCAUAUAUUUCCCUGAGAUAUAUUAUUGAACUUCAGGAUGAAUGUAACUGAAUCUGAAAUUUGGGGGGAUCUACUUCAGCCGGAAUAAAAAAGCCGGCUUCACCCAAAUAAUGAAAAUUAUGGAAACAAACCACCUUGGACCUACCUACCUGCAGCAUCAACUACAAAAGCGAGCCAAUCACCAUCUCCACAUUUAACACGACCUGGUUUGGGUGGAGCUAUUAAGUUCCCAGCUUUGUGGUUGUAGAAGGCAAAUGAAACAUAAUACAUUGGAGUAACACAAAGUUUCAUCAACUACUGUCCUUAAUUAUGUUUAGAAGAGUCUGAAAGCAAGAUUAUCCAGUGGCUAAAUGAUACUUGACUGGAUUCUCAGUUCAAAAAAAGGACAGAAACAAAACUAUAGUUUUCUUGACUUAAAUAUACCGUAUGUACACUUUCCCCAGUCCUUGCACUUUUUAAGGCAGAUUUGAAAAUACGCAGCAUAGAUCCAGCAGAAGUGGCUGAGCUUAACUGCUUCAACAAGUUCUAGAAACUUUAAAAAUCAUUUUAGUAGAAUUCAGUGCUGUUGUCACUGCAAUAAGUGGGUUUUAGAAAAUGUGUGAAAAAAUCAGGUGUUAAUACAAUAUUAAGGAUAAAGCUUUAGAAGCUAUUUUACUACAUAGGUAAAGAGAAGAUAAACUAACUUGUAACAAAGACCACAGCUGCAUGUUGGAUUAGAUUGUCUCAUAUUUCAGAAUAAAAUGUACUGUAUACCUUUCCUCACUUUGUUGUGCACUGUAAUGAAAUGUGAAAAAAUGUUUUCUUUAGCUGUAUGUGGAUGAAAUUAUGCUUGUAUUUAGUAAAAUAGUUGAUUAUGUGACUGU